UAUCUUUGGCGCUUUGGACGCGUAUCGUAACCUAAUGGCAGUCACGACUACACUAGAAGAGACGUAUGUCUUGUUGGAUAAACUGGACCUUUUGCUUCAAAGGCUGUUUCCAGGCCGGUAUUCGGUCAAGAUUUCUGGGGGUUACGUCGAGAUAACGGCCCCGCGAGCGCUAUCCAAGGACGAGACCGAUUCUGUCCAGGACAGAGAAUAAAGCAUCGAAAACUGUCUGCGAACACAAUCCUAGGCCGCUCAUCUCGCUCCUAUUGUGUCUCAGAUGAUGACGCCGUCCUCUCAAUUGAGCAACUCAGCUAGUACCCGCUUUUAGAGAUAUAAUCUCACUUUUUAAGAUGUAUCUUGAGAUGUUGUAUCGGGAAAUUGAAAGAAACCGGUCCAGAUCGCUUCCUGGCACCUACUUUAUCUGCGCAGAAAACAUACGAAGCAUCUUUAGUCUCGAUAGGGUUGAACUCGCGAUCCAAGAACUUGACUGUGAUCCACACGAACGAAUUGGUCUUGCAAAACAAGUUCACAAAGAAGGCGUCGUCGUUUUUGCUAUUCUUGUUUGGAUGAGACGGCCGGACAGUAUUGUCAAGUUUCGCGAGCACGGAUGCCUAGACGGACAGCUUCCUCUACCCGAGAGUAGAGCCCAGCAGAUCGUGCCUGAAUUUGGGCUUUCUUUUGCUCGCGAGGUCCAAUGGCAAUUUCUUCCAUAUGUUUUCAAAAAGGAUAUGUGUGAUUAUCAUCGCUACAUCCAUGAAGUCAAUGUCAUAUUUCCAUUUGUCGGUGAAGCGGAGAAGAUUGCACAAGGUGGAUUCGGAGAAGUUACAAGAAUACAAAUACCAACAAACCUCCAAGAGUUAUUCCACAGCAAAGAGGCUACUGUAUCCGUGAUUAGGAAACGAAUUAUGCAUCGAAAGAAACAAUCGCAGGAAGCAUAUGAUAAGAGUUUCCAGAGAGAGAUGAGAUCCCUUCGAUUACUCCAUCAGUUGAAACACCCCAAUAUCAUUCCUUUGCUGGGCUCCUACACGCACAACCAAGAACAUAACUUUCUGUUUCCGCCUUUUGCAAUGGACCUGGCUAAAUUUCUAGAUCUAGAGUCCCGGUUCAAAGACUUUCAAUGGAACUUCGUGUUCCCGGUCGCGCUUCGGGGUCUCGCCUCAGCCCUGGAGCAACUUCAUAAUAUAAGUCUAGAUGGCGCUCAUAAUGGGGUACAUUUCACCGGUCUAGGAUACCACCACGACUUCCGGCCUUCGAACAUCCUAAUCACCCACGACUCCUUCGUUCUUGCUGACUUUGGUCUUGGGGAAAUCAAACCAGAACUUGAGAACUCUCAGACGCCCUGGAAGAUGGGGACUGGAGAUUACCUUGCCCCCGAGACCAUGGAUUCUUUAACCUUUGCCCAUCAAUCUGUUGGCCGCUCUAUCGAUGUCUGGGCAUUCGGAUGUCUCAUUGCAGAAGUAGUGAGCUACAUGGAACGGGGUCAUCAAGGAGUGCGGCAUUUUCGUGCUUUGCGGGAAAGUGAGUUGCGCCCGCGAUAUGUGACAACGUAUUUCUUUACUCCGGAUGGCGGGUUGAAAGAAUCUGUCCAACGAUGGCUAGAGGAGAUGGGGACUACUUCGUCCAUAAUAACCAAGAAGAUGUUAAAAGUUGCAUUCCGAGCUCUACAGCCAGUGUUGGCACCUAGAUGUUCUAUCAAGGACGUCCGCGGCGAACUCGACAUCAUCAGCCUCCAAGCACUUGUUUCCACACUAUGUUCAGAGAUGGAGGCAUAUUUGAUCGCCGCAGAGCAAGACCUGGAUCAAACGGGGCUUCAUAUGGCGAUGCGAUUUGAAACGGAAAGGUUGCAUGUGAUUGCUCGCUUCUUGUCCUCCGAAAAAGAUGCGAACUCAUCGAUUUUCUCACAAGAGGAAACUUAUCGUUCCUUUUGCGAUGGACUAAGAUCUCUGUUUAUGACGGUUCACAAUGAGUUGGGCCAUCAAAAGGACAUCAGUCAGCAAGUUGAUGCAAGUGAAACACGAAUCGACCUGGGUGGAUCUGUGCCAGAAAGGGUCCAAAAAAUGGUCCAGAAACUUUGGACAUUUCUUCCAAAGAGGGAAACUAAAAGAAUACAAGAGCUGUGGCUCUCGUCUAUGCAAGAGGAUGACAUUGAGAGGCUGAAUGAUAUUGACAUGUUGAUGCGUGAACAUCGACGAGAGGACUUUUCUGAUGUCGGCCGGAUGGCCGCGAUUCGUGCAACCCGAUUGCAGUUGCUAAAUACCCCAGAUUCUGGCGCCGCAAAUCUCUUACGAGAUCGACAAGAUCUACACCAUAUUGAGUUAUUAAAUGGUCAUACGUACGGCAGAUUCCGUGGAGACCAACCAGUACUAGUCGAGUGGAUGUAUUAUACAAAUCGGUCAGACACCAUACCGGAGCAUCAAAGGCUUCUGAUUAUGGAGCUACGAGCUGAGAGUUUCAACUUGUCUAAACCAGCUAAAUUACGGGUACUCAAGUGUCUUGGUUUCGUAGAAGAAAUCGGAGAGAUGGGACGACGACCAGGGUAUGGAUUUCUUUAUGAACUCCCGGCAACAAUCUCCGAAAACAUAUUCGAGCCUCCCGUUACUUUACAGCAGCUUCUGCUAUUGGGCUCGGACCGCGAUGGAGGAGCGGAAUGUCAGGCCCCGCUGCAGGGUAGAUACCUGCUAGCGCAUUCGCUUGCGGCGUUCUUUGAAGAGCUGUAUACAGUUGGAUGCUUGCAUGAGACAUUCAACUCGAAAAAUGUUUUGUUCACCUGUGAGCCGAAAAAGAUGUUUCUCGAUGGUUCUGUCUGGCGGCAGCCAUACAUAGUCGGCUUUCAAAAGAGCCGGCCUGAUGGAUCAAACUGGGCCACCGAUGGGCCGGCGGAUGAGUUAAGCUACCGUCAGUAUGAACAUCCUGAUUAUCGGGAAGAAGGGAGGUUUUCUCUAGAAUAUGACAUCUAUAGUCUAGGCCUCGUACUGCUGGAAGUUGGUUGCUGGAUCCCACUUCAGAAAUUGGCUCAACGAAGGGAGUAUCGAACACUGAGCCCCGAAGGAUUCCGGCAAGCCUUACUCGAGAAAUAUGUGCCCAGAUUGAGCACAACCGUUGGUGGGGUCUAUCGGGAUUGUGUUCGUGCUUGCCUUGAUGGAUCUCUGGCCUGUAGAGGGCAGACGGAAAGCGGUAAGGAGACUGACAAUGGCAUCUUCGGCUUAUUUCUCGACAAGGUAGUCAAGCCGUUGGAGAGGUUGUCCGAAUAUGAAAUUUGAUUUGUUAAAGUACAUCAACCCCAUUUGCUCCAUCAGAUAGAUCAAAGUGCUCUCUGGGUUCUUCAGUAUUGCACAGUCUCGCUGCAGAUAUUAUAGCCAAUGAGUGAUUUCAUCAAAUUUCAGACUGAGA